AUGCCGCCGCAACAGUCCCGAGCAAAGUCUCGCCCGUCCAGCUGCAAAUCGAACUUGUCUUCUGACCAUGACUUUCCCAACGUUUCCGUGGAGGUUUCGUACGAGGCUUUGUCCGUUAACGAACAAGCCCUCAUAAACGAAAUUGCCAAGGCGGAGCACCAGCUGCUCAACGGUCAAGUCGACUUGGCUCAAGCUACCGAACAGGCCCGCACCAACGUUAGUUCUUCGGCGACGGCUGCCUUUCUCGCUCUCUUUGCCAAGGAACUCACUCGAGUUUCCGUCUGCAUUCAAAGUGAAGAACGGAAUCAAGAAUAUGCCGUCAAGGCCCUCUUGACCAGCAUGGACAUUGUCACAUCCAACGCUCGUGGUCGUCUCUCGCGGGACUCCGUUCGGGGCUUUCAACAAAAGGCCAAGCUACAGGCAGAAGGCUACAUUCAACUCCAGCGCUUUGCCGCAGAGUGCAGCGAUAUCCUCACCCGAGUCGCGACCUACGCCGACUCCCAGCUGCACACGUGCUGUGUAGACACUCUGUCGGUAUCGGCCAACAAGCGCAGCCUCAGCUCUGCCUUUGUCGUCGUCCUCAGCGAUGUGUACAACGCUAUCCGAGAGGCCGAUAAUCAAGGACCCGGGGGCGACAGCAAAUGGGUCGCUCCAUCUUCCUUUGAGCGGGUAACCUCCAAGUACUGGGUCUCGGAAGACAAGCUUACGGAACUUCUUUUGGGGGCAGCAUCGGAAGCUCCCCUGCUCGUGUACGGAUGUAGCGGGCGGCUCACAUCCAAAGCCGACUGCCAGCGUAUCGAAGGCGACAAGCUCUGGGAUACUCUAGCCACUACGAUUUCUUCGGUCUACUUCGACUCGCCCGAUAUGAAGCUGUACCGCGAUCGCAUUGCGCGCCUCGAGGGAGCCCAACUGCUCCGCGCGCGCUGGUACGGAAAGAAGCCCACCGGAAGCAAGCCCGUCUUUCUCGAACUCAAAACUCACCACGAAAAGUGGGUCAACACCAAGUCCGUCAAGGAACGUGUCAACAUCCGAGAAGCCGACAUGAAGCACUUUUUGGCCCACCGCAAAUGGACCAUUGCUGAUGCACAGUCCAUCGUCUUGGCCGCCAACAAAGACAUGGGCGAAGAGGAACUUUGCAAGGCAGCCAAUCUGCUUUUGACAAUGCAUAAAUUGGUUGUCCGACUUGAUCUACGGCCAUGCGUGCGAUCCGCCUACAGCCGAGCUGCCUUUCAGUCUCCCAAGGACAACUCAUUGCGACUCACGAUUGAUCGCAAUAUUACGCUCAUUGACGAAACUCGCACUUCCAGUGGAAGUUGGUGUCUGCCCGACGACGCUGUAAUUGGAUCGGACAUGGCUCGAACCGUCCCGUACGCUGUGUAUGAAAUUAAGUUGGCCGGAAGCGAAAUGCCAGCCAGUAUGCAGGCAUUGCUGGAUUCCGGUGUGAUUCUUGACGCGGCAAAGUUUUCCAAAUUUUUAACUGGCGCGGCGGCCUUUCAGGGUGGUAAGAUCAACGUGCUUCCCUACUGGGCCGAAUAUGACACUUUCAUCCCACUAUUUUUUGGAAAGCCGACAGCUGCCAAUGACGUUGCCACCCCGGUUAGCAUGGCUACAAGCCGAAACUUUCCAAUCGCAACAACGCAAUCAACCUCUAGUGAACAGUCGCUUUCCAAAACGAAUGUGACUGGUACGAGCCCGUUUGGAAACUGUGCAUCCAGCGCCAGAAGCCGUGAAUCAGUGACAAAGAUUGAACAAAGAAUAGCCCCCAAAAAACCUGCCCGUGUGGAACCCAAGAGCUAUUUCGCAAACGAGCGCACGUUCAUCCAAUGGAUCAGUGCUGCGCUCCUUCAAGUUACUGUUGCCGUGAUUUUACUUGAAUUUGAGUCCCAGCACCCUGAGUAUCCUUUGGUAUCCAUUGGCCUGCUUCUUUGCGGAUGCGCAGCUGUUAUCAUAGCGUACGCUUUGUAUGCCUAUCAUCGCCGCGUCAGACUUCUCAUGUCGGGAGAACCGUAUGGCUACAUCGACCAUACUGGACCUACUUUCUUAGGCUGUUCCAUCUUCAUUGGUCUUUUGGCGCUUCUGAUCAUCUUCAUGAACCAACGCGAUCCCGAGAACGGUGGAUUUUGGCAGGAAAACGAAAGCCGCGUUCUCCCACCUUCCAUAGCUUCGCCUCAAAUCAGACCUAUCCCCAGACAAUGCAUUCUUCACCAAACCAACGGAAUUUCGUUUCUGGACAAACAGCCGAGCGACAUAGCUGUGGAUGACGGUCGUGGCAUGUUCAUAGUACCUACUAUGUCGUCGAUUCAUGGAUAUGACGUCUCUGAGGCAGUUACUGACGAGGUUACGGGUGAAAAUACGAAGGUACUCGUGGACAUUCCAGGCUCCAAUUUCGAAAGCUUGGCUCUAGUAGGAGAUUUUAUUUUUGCACUGUCGUCGAAGGAGGACUCGCUAACGUCGGAAUUGGUAGCGUUAAGCUGGGUCUCUGAUUCUCAGCUCCAAGAACAACAGCGCUGGACGCUUGAUACUCCUCGAGCACAAGGCAUUGCUUAUGUUCCUGGUGUCGAUGGCGGAAAGGGAAAGUUUUACAUUUCGGGAGACAAGGGGGCCGAUGUAGCGACAAGUGAGCGCGGAUUCAUUGAUAUCUACGAGCACGUGGAAGUUGGUGAGCCCGAUCUAGUAUCCCACUCGCUCAAUACAAAACUCCUUACAAGGGGCUUGAUCGAUUCCAAGAUCGCCACUCUUCAAUUUUUUGAAGACCACUUGUACGUGCUGCACGAUCAUGCGCAUCUGGUUCGAGUGUGGAAUAUUGAAACGGGUGUCACCACAGCGGAAUGGACUCUUCCGCAAGGAGAGCAGUGGGACGGUAUGAUGUUGGUGCGCCAAGAAGUUGAAGAAGCAUCCCCCAGCGAUCGUAGACUCCGGGGUAGUGUACGCGGCUUGAGUGACGUUCCCGACAACACUGCCUCGACGUCUUUGAUGCUUCACUUGAGUGCGGAGUCUCCGCCCGAAGUGUGGUCGUUUGGCGUUUCGGAAGGAAAUUUACCAGGUUCUAUCGUACUUCCCGAAUGCGCUGCGGCGACUGUAUAAUUAACCUGUUGUUACACUUUACAUUUUGCUGUGUCUAGAGCUGUAGCAUAUUUGGCAGUCGCCGUA